UUCUCAUCUCUUCCUAGUUCCUGCCGAGCUAAAGAGUCAAACAUACAACAGCUGGUCCAUACUCCUCCCUGCGUGUUUCUCUGCGUGUGCGAUGGGUAGCACCGAGGAACCCGACAGACCCAUAUCCUUGUAUGACCCCUCCUCCUCCCCCAGCCAUCCCCUCCUCUCGAAGCCACCCGACGACCCACAACCGGAAACUGAACCCGACCCGACCCAGUACCUCCAGAUCUCCUACAACUACGGGCCGAGGCCAUUCAAGGACCUUCCUUUCCUCGUCCUAUUCCUCCUCAUCGUCCUCUGCACCUUCGGCUUCGGCCUCUUCUCCGUCUUCAACCGAAACAGCUACUAUUCCGACCUCUCCUCUUUCUCUUACAGCUCCAACUCCUCCUCGUGCGUCGAAAGCUCGGUCUCAGAGCCCUCGCCCACCACCUGGUUUAGCUUCUAUUCGCUUUCUUCUUCCAAUUUUUUGGACAGUUUGAUAUGGGUUUUUGUGGUUACUUUCGUUUUGAGUAUACCCAUUUGCUUCCUCUUGCUCCUCGCCCUCAAGCAUUAUACCAAACAAAUCGUCUACGUGUCCCUUCCCUUCUUCGUUGUAAUCCCCAUCUUCUUCAAUGUCUACUGGUUCGUCGCCUGCACCGUCAGCUCCUCUUGCAGCGACGCUUUCCCUUUGGUUUACCGGAUUCUUGUCCUCGUCUUCGUGUUUUUGGUAAUCGCCGUUAUCGUCUGGAUCUUCGUGGUCAAUUGGCACCGAAUCGAGCUUACUGUGACCAUAAUUGGAGUCGCUUCUAACGCGUUAUCGAGGAACUUGGGUUUGUUCCUGGUGCUACCGUGUAUGACGCUCGGGUUGGUGAUCUACUACGCGCCGAUUGUGGUGUUUUUGGUGUUUGCGAGCCAUAACGGAGAGAUUGUGCCGAAGGAAACGGACGGAGAGUAUACUUGUGUGUGGAAGCAAGAUGGGUGGGUGCCCGCGUACUAUGCGCUGGCAAUUCUGACGAUGCUGUGGUCUUUGGCGGCUAUGGUGGAAGCGCAGGUUUAUGUGAUCAGUGGGACUAUUGCGCAGUGGUAUUUCUCCAAGGAGGAUCAGAGUCCUAGGCGGAGUAUAAGAAGUUCUUUGAGAAAUGCAUUUGGUCCCUCCUCCGGCACAAUAUGUCUGUCUGGCCUCCUUAUAUGUGCCGUGCGUGUGGUGCGCGCUGCUGUUGAUACUGCAAGACAAGAAAACCUUCCAGGGAUAGUGAACCUUAUGCUACGUUGCUGUGUUAAUGUUUUUCUGUCAGCAAUUGAUUUUCUUAACAAGUUUACUAUCAACUUUGUGGCAAUAACUGGUGAAGCCUACUGCACAUCUGCAAGAAUGACAUACGAGCUUCUCAAACGUAAUCUUCUCUCGGCUGUAUUUGUGGAGACCAUCUCCACACGUUUAUUGGCGGGAAUUAUUUUUGUCCUCUCAGCUAUAUAUGCAAUUGCGGCCUGUGCUAUACUAAAGGCUGUGACCCAACUUGGGGUUGAUUCAUACUAUGUGGCUGCUCUGGCGUGGGUGCUGCUGAUCAUGGUGUUGGGUUUCUUUGUCCAUGUACUGGACAAUGCGGUUGAUACUAUUUAUGUUUGUUAUGCAGUAGACAGGGACAGAGGAGAGGUUUGUAAGCAGGAGGUUCAUGAGGUUUUUGUUCACCUACCCAUUAGUAGAAACCAUAGACCAUCUCUUGACUCCAGAACUCUGGGUGUAUAAAUAAUCCUUGAAUUCGAAUAAUGUGUUGUUAUUGAUCUGUCAUUCGUUGUGUGUAUCAAGUUAAACAUGCCUGUCGGCAAAAUGUGCAUACCUUUGAGUGUAUAACCUUGUACAAUUUUGAGAUUUAUUCAAUAAAGAAGUGGAUUUUUUUUUU